AUGGAUGAUUUUGUCAGCGAAUCUGACAGCGACUAUACUAGCUAUUGGCGGGAUUGGUUCAUAUCUUCUCGGGGAAACGAGUACUUUUGCGAGAUCGAUGAAGACUACCUUACCGACCGCUUCAAUUUGACCGGCCUGAACACCGAGGUUCAGUACUAUCAGUACGCGCUCGAUCUGGUUACAGAUGUGUUCGACCUCGAUUGCGAUGAUGAUAUGCGGGAAACGAUAGAGAAGUCGGCGCGGCAUCUCUACGGUCUGGUUCAUGCGCGCUACGUCGUCACUACGCGUGGCUUGGCCAAGAUGCUCGAGAAGUACAAGAAGGCAGACUUUGGCAAAUGUCCACGCGUCAACUGCCACUCGCACCCUCUCUUGCCGAUGGGCCUCUCUGAUAUCCCUAACAUGAAGCCGGUGAAGCUCUACUGCGCGCGGUGCGAGGACAUCUACAACCCCAAGUCAAGUCGGCACGCCACCAUUGACGGCGCCUACUUUGGGACCUCCUUUCACAACAUCAUCUUCCAAGUCUACCCCGCCCUCAUCCCCAACAAGUCCGCCGAGCGCUACAUCCCGCGAGUAUAUGGGUUCAAAGUGCAUGCCGGUGCAGCUUUGAUCCGUUGGCAGAACGCGAAACGCGACGAGAUGCGGAGGCGACUGCGGAAGCUGGAGAUUGAGAGUGGUUUCAAGGACGGGGAGGACGAGGAGCCCGAGGACGAAGAGGAGGACGAGGAGGAGCUGGAUUUCGAAGGCGAUGAAAGAGGUGUUGUGCAAGGGCAGGAGGGUAUGCAUGUUGCGGUCUGA